AUGCUGAAAGUUGGAUUACGCGCAAAACCUUCUACUGCCUUCAGACCCCUCGCCGUCCGCGGCUUCAUCAAGACCAUCCCACAGCCUCCUGGAAAUAUUGUGGGAACCGUGAAUGACGCCUACGUUCCUCCACCCCCACACAAGUUGCACGGAUCGCUCCACUGGACAAGCGAGAGAGUUGUUGCUAUUGGCAUGGCUCCGUUAAUCAUGACUCCUUUUGUGACGGGAACUUCUUAUCCGCUUGUCGACUCUAUUAUGGGAACUUUGCUCCUUUACCACUGCUAUGUCGGAUUUGAGAGCUGUAUCAUUGACUAUAUUCCAUUAAGGGUUUACGGUAUCUGGCACAAAGCUGCCAUUGGCUUGCUAGGGUUUGGAACUCUGAUUGCAGGAUAUGGCGUCUACAUUAUCGAGAAAACCGAAAAGGAAGGAUUAGUGGGUGUUGUGAAGAAGCUUUGGAAGGCCUGA